ACGCCUGGAUGCAAACCUUAUCUCUGUGGUGCCCGAGAAGAGCUUUGAGGGGCUGCUCUCCUUGCGUCACCUGUGGCUGGACGAUAAUGCCCUGACGGAGAUCCCUGUCCAAGCUCUGAACCACCUGCCAGCGCUGCAAGCCAUGACCCUGGCUCUCAACCAGAUCUGGCACAUUCCCGAUUAUGCCUUCCAGAACCUCAGCAGCCUCGUGGUGCUGCACCUGCACAACAACAGAAUCCAAAGCCUGGGAGCCAAUGGCUUUGAUGGGCUGCACAGCUUGGAAACCCUGGAUCUAAACUACAAUGAGCUGCUGGAAUUCCCUGGGGCUAUCAGGACGCUGGGCCGACUGCAGGAGCUUGGUUUUCAUAACAACAACAUCAAAGCUAUUCCAGAGAACGCAUUUGUUGGGAAUCCCCUCCUCCAAACAAUCCAUUUUUAUGACAAUCCCAUCCAGUUUGUUGGACAGUCUGCUUUCCAGUACUUGCCAAAGCUCCACACUCUGUCACUCAAUGGUGCAACAGACAUCAGAGAAUUCCCAGACCUUAAAGGCACCACCAGCCUAGAAGUUUUGACCUUGACCCGGGCAGGCAUCCAUUUACUCCCCAGAGGGAUGUGCCAGCAGCUGCCCAGCCUCCGAGUCCUAGAACUGUCACACAACCAAAUCGAAGAUCUGCCCAGUUUCCACCGGUGUCAGCGGCUGGAGGACCUUGGUCUCCAGCACAACAGGAUCCAUGAAAUCAGAGCAGACACCUUUGUGCAGCUGAUGGCCCUGCGCUCCAUAGACCUGAGCUGGAAUUACAUCCAGUUUAUUCACCCUGAAGCCUUUGUGACCCUGCACUCACUCACCAAGCUGGACUUGACUGAUAACCGGCUGGUCACGCUGCCUCUGGACGGUUUGGGUGGACUGACCCAUCUGAAGCUCCAAGGCAACCCAGCUCUCUCCGAGCCCUUCACCAAGGAGAGCUUCCCCAAAAUGAGAGUCCUCGAGGUACCUUACGCCUACCAGUGCUGUGCCUAUGGGAGCUGCAGCAGCUUCUUCAAGAUGUCCGACCAAUGGGAGGCAGAAGACAUGAGCCCUGAGGAGGAGGAUCCCCACAAGAGGACUAUGGAAUUGUUUCCAGGUCAUGCUGAUAAUCACUAUGACCUAGAUGCAGAUGACCUCCAGCUGGACCUUGAGGAAGCAAAGCUGCACCCCACUAUUCAGUGCACACCAAGCCCCGGUCCCUUCAAGCCUUGUGAUCACUUGUUUGAGAGCUGGAUCAUCCGCCUGGGAAUCUGGGUCAUUGUUCUGGUCUCCAUGCUCUGCAACGGGCUGGUCAUUCUGGCUGUCUUUGCCUCUCCCAGCUACCUCUCUCCAGUUAAGUUCAUCAUCGGCUCCAUAGCUGGAGCCAAUAUGCUGACCGGCAUUUACUGCAGUAUGCUGGCUCUCGUCGAUGCCCUGACCUACGGCCAGUUUGCCAAAUAUGGUGCCAGAUGGGAGACUGGUGCAGGCUGCACAGUGACAGGGUUCCUGUCGGUGUUUGCCUCUGAGGCUGCCAUCUUUCUGCUAACAUUGGCUGCCGUGCAGUGCAGCAUUUCAGUCUCCUGUGUGCGGGGCUAUGGAAAGUCACCCUCCUUAGGCAAGGUCAAGGCUGCUGCCUUUUGCUGCCUGUUGCUGUCCUCUGUGGCUGCCGUUCUGCCUCUCUUCUCCAUUGGGGAAUACGGAGCAUCCCCUCUCUGCCUCCCGUAUCCCAUCCCGGAUGGGAAACCCGCUACCCUGAGCUUCACUGUGGCCUUGGUGAUGACAAACAUGCUCUGCUUCCUGACUAUCACGGGCACGUACAUCCGACUCUAUUGCAACCUGCUGAAGGGGGAGUUCAGUGCUGUCUGGGACUGUGCCAUGGUCAAGCAUGUGGCCUGGCUGAUCUUCACCAACUGCCUCCUCUACUGCCCAGUGGCCUUCCUCACCUUCUCCUCCACACUCAACCUCUUCCUCAUCACCCCAGAGGUCAUCAAAUCCAUCCUCCUUGUGGUCCUGCCCCUGCCUGCCUGCCUGAACCCCUUGCUCUACCUGCUCUUCAACCCCCACUUCAGAGAUGACCUCCGCCUGCUGAGGCAGAAGGGCCAGGACAAGGGGAGCUACCCCCAGUCCUGCGGGGUUGAUGACAUUGAGAAAAGCUCCUAUGACUCCACCCAGGCUCUGGUGAGCUUCUCUGACAUUGACCACAUAUUCGAGACACCUGAUUCCUUGGGAGUGCACCCCAUCCUUGACAGCUACAGCUUCCCCUCCAUGACGCUUGUCCCCUGCCAGCAAAGGGUGGGCACCAGGGGGAAGGAGAGGUGCUUCUCUGAGCAUUGUCCCUGCCUCAGUGACAGUGAGGUUCUAAUCACUUCAGAGAGUCCAGAUCCUGCUGGCAGCAGCCUCCGGAUAGCCUUCUUCUCCUCCUCACCCACACCACCCUACACGUCUCACUUAUAA